UUUCCAAUUUAUUGGGUUGACGUGCCUGCCUAGCUCAUUAAUGGCAUAACUUCUUAUCUUGAGUUCUCCACCACGGUAGGUGCAUCGAGGAUUAUAAACUUGGUGUGGAUGGACGCUCUUGCCAACUCAUCACAGAGACCUGCCCAGAGGGAGGUGACUGCGGGGAAAGCAGGGAGCUUCCCAUGAACCAGACCCUCUUUGGGGAGAUGUUCUUUGGUUACAACAACCAUUCCAAGGAAGUGGCUGCCGGACAAGUGUUGAAAGGAACAUUCAGGCAAAACAACUUUGCUCGUGGUUUAGACCAGCAACUUCCGGAUGGUCUUGUGGUGGCCACUGUCCCCCUGGAGAAUCAGUGCUUAGAGGAAAUCUCGGAGCCCACCCCUGACCCCGACUUCCUGACUGGGAUGGUGAACUUCAGUGAAGUGUCCGGAUACCCUGUGCUGCAGCACUGGAAGGUCCGGUCUGUGAUGUACCACAUCAAACUCAACCAAGUGGCCGUCUCUCAGGCCCUCAGCAACGCUCUCCACUCCCUGGAUGGGGCUACAUCUCGUGCAGAUUUUGUGGCCUUGUUGGACCAGUUUGGCAACCAUUACAUCCAGGAAGCUAUCUAUGGCUUUGAGGAGUCCUGUUCUAUCUGGUACCCCAACAAACAGGUCCAGCGACGACUCUGGCUGGAGUACGAAGACAUCAGCAAAGGCAACUCCCCAUCCGACGAGUCAGAGGAGCGAGAAAGAGACCCCAAGGUGCUGACAUUCCCGGAAUACAUCGCCAGCCUGUCAGACUCUGGCGCCAAGCGCAUGGCAGCUGGAGUCCGCAUGGAAUGCCAGAGCAAGGGACGAUGCCCCUCGUCCUGCCCCCUGUGUCACGUGACAUUAGGCCCUGACACCCCUGCUGAGCCGGUUCUGCUGGAGGUGACCAGAGCAGCCCCCAUCUAUGAACUGGUGACCAACAACCAGACCCAGAGGCUCUUGCAGGAGGCCACCAUGAGCUCUCUCUGGUGCUCAGGGACUGGAGAUGUCAUUGAGGACUGGUGUCGAUGUGACUCCACCGCCUUCGGAGCUGAUGGACUCCCCACCUGUGCGCCUCUCCCACAGCCCGUGCUGAGACUCUCCACAGUUCACGAGCCCAGCAGCACCCUCGUGGUCCUGGAGUGGGAGCACUCAGAGCCACCAAUCGGGGUGCAGAUUGUAGAUUACCUCAUCCGUCAAGAAAAAGUCACUGACAGGAUGGACCACUCCAAAGUGGAAACAGAAACGGUGCUGAGCUUUGUGGACGACAUCAUCUCUGGAGCAAAGUCUCCUUGUGCCAUGCCAGCUCAGGUGCCAGACAGGCAGCUCACCACCAUCUCCCUCAUCAUACGGUGCCUGGAACCUGACACCAUUUACAUGUUCACCCUGUGGGGAGUGGACAACACAGGACGGCGCUCCAGGCCAAGUGACGUGAUCGUGAAGACCCCCUGCCCCGUGGUGGAUGAUGUCAAAGCCCAAGAAAUAGCAGACAAGAUCUACAAUCUCUUCAAUGGCUAUACCAGUGGGAAGGAACAACAGACCGCCUACAACACCCUUCUGGAUCUGGGUUCCCCCACCUUACAUCGAGUUCUCUAUCACUAUAACCAACACUAUGAAAGUUUUGGAGAAUUCACCUGGAGGUGUGAGGAUGAAUUAGGCCCCAGGAAAGCGGGCCUCAUCCUGUCCCAGCUUGGGGACCUCAGCAACUGGUGUAACGGACUCCUUCAGGAACCCAAGAUAAGCUUGCAACGCAGCUCACUCAAGUACCUGGGCUGCCGCUACAGCGAGAUCAAGCCCUACGGACUUGACUGGUCAGAGCUCAGCCGGGACCUCAGGAAGACCUGUGAGGAGCAAACCCUCAGCAUCCCCUACAACAACUACGGGGACAGCAAAGACAUCUAGCACUGCAAAGCCAGAGCGUUGCUGCCAAACAGAAGCAGGAGAGAGGAGAGAGACAUCUGGGUUGGUUUGUGGAUUUUUAAUAUUUUUUAAUGGAACAUUGAAACCUCCACAACAACAUCUAAACCAGGGAGAAAGUGAUUCUUGCUCCCUGUGAAAUUUCUUCAUGUGACGUUCUUCAUCUGCAUGGUCAGAACACCUGCCAGCCAGCAGCUCUGUGCAGCGCUGUCUUUCUUUAGAGGAUUACUUUGGGGCUUGUUCUGCUGUUAAUUUGUUUCAUUCAUUUUUUCCCCAAGAGGUUCAUUAGAAUGCUCAGGAGCUUUGUCAUGCUUCCCAUGAAAGGUCUACCAGGUUGAGGCAUCCUGUGCUCACCGGGUUCCUGUGUUCAUUGCAAUUGGGGACAGAGGUGAGGCCAUUAAGUUGUCGCCCCUGCCUCGGGCCCCACUCUCAGGCAUUCCGUAGGCAGCAUCUCACUCUGGGAGCCUAAUCCGUGCUCACAGAGAAAGACAAUAAGAAAAUCGGGAAGGGUGGCCCCUGUCUAUGCCUGGUGGCUUUUCCCCUGGGCUCUCCUAUUACUAUUUCCACACCUCCAAUGUCAACUGUUAUAGGCCCCACUGGGCCUCCUGGGCUUUGAGGUUCUCCCCUGCUUUAAGCCAGGACUGGAAUUAAAUCUCCUUAUGAUA